AUCACAUUCAUUAAUUUCCCUUUUUUUUGUAUUCCCUCUUUUUUGAUUUCCUUUUUUUAAUUUUUCUCCAAAAAAAAUGGGCAAAGCUGUUCGCAGAGAGGAGUCCCAAAAUGGCGGCGAACUGGAAAGGGAAAAAAAAAAAAAAAAAAGGCACCAUGAGAAGAAAAAUAACACUAUAGGAAAAGGUGAUUUACUUACAAACUUGCCGCUCGUGUUUUUUUUUUUGUGAAAGCCGCUGAACAGCAGGAAUGUAAAAAGUACGCCGUACGUACGAAUUGAACGGAGGCAAAUGCAAAUGCAUAAACAAAUGCGAAUGCAUUUUUAUGCCUUCCCGUUUAUGUGUAUAUUAUUGUACACGGCAAGGUUGGCAAAGUUCAUUCUGCGCUUACGGACGGAGUGUUAAGUGAGCGUUUCUUUGGCGCCUUCUUCUUUACCGCUUUCCCCUUUGCCGCUUCCUCUUUGCUUCUUUUUUUUUGUGUGAUGCUUGGCGACGUGCUGUCCCCGCGCGCGCCCCCCCAGUUGGUAAAAUCCCCCCCUCCAAUUUGUGAUUUCCCUCACCCGUGGGUAGGCUAUGCUUAGUGAGGACGUUCGCCAACCCUGUUAGCAAUAUGCCGUUUGAAAAUGAUAUAAAAAAAGAGGGGAGUAAAAAGAAAAGGAAGAAAACAUCCCUCAGGGGGGAGGAGAUCGACGAGGAUCUCAUUGGAAUUGCCAAUCUGUUCCACGACCAAGGGGAGGACGACGACGUCAGCGAUGGGGGCGAUCGGAGCAAUUUCGACGAGGAGGAAGACGACGAUGAUGAGGAGGAUGACGAGGAUGAAGAGGAGGACGACGAGGACGACGACGGUGAAGAGGAUGACGAGGAAGACGACGAUGAAGAGGAUGACGACGAGGAGGAGGAGGAAGAAGAGGCGUAUGAGGAAGAGUUUGACUCCUCCAGCGAAGUGAACAAUGAGCGAGUAAAACGGCACAGGCGCACGCGAGUCUCGGGGGGGCUGAGCUCCCUGGUGGAGAACGACGAGCGGGAAGGCGCCCCGACGAAGAAAAAGAAAAGUGAAGAGAAAAGAGGAGGGAAAAGCGAAGGGCAAAACGGAGGAGAUAAUGAUGGGAAUAUUGCGCCAAGUGAAGGGCCAAUAGAAGGUCGAAGCAAAAAGCAGACAGAGAAAAGCGCCCCACAAGAUCAUAGCGGCUGCUUCAUCAGCAAAGAUUUCAUUAAAAAGGUGGGGCAGCUGAACAAAAUUAUAAACCAUCAAAUCACAUUCGAAAGCGACUCCAGCUUUCUCCAAAUUUCAAACAUAAUUGAACUUCGUGUGAGGCAGAUAAUUGAAGAAGCCAAUAAAUUUUACCAAAAGAGAAAAAGAUACUGCAUAAACAAAUUUUUAAAUCUAAACGAUUUUACCAACUCAUGUCAUUAUUUAAAUGUAACUGUUCCACAGAGGUAUCAGGUUAGCUUGCACCCAGAUGUGUAUUCCCAACAGGAGGGGAUGAAAAAUGGGAGAGUCAGGUGGAGGCUGGUGUGUAAGAAAGGCUUUAAGAAUGUGAGAAAUAAAAUGAAAAAAAAAAAAAGGAAAAAAGGAUACCUUCAGAAAGGCAGGAAGAGGAAGAGGCGGAAUAACUUCAACCUCAGUGCCGCCAAAAUAUUUAAGGAGUUUCAAACGCAGCAAAAUAGGAGAACCAACUGUUAUAGGGAAUUCCCCGACGGGGGAAAAGGGAAGCAGAAAAGGAGCCCCGGCGGGGGGGACAGCGGCGAGGUGGGCACUCAGGGUGUCAUUCAGGAUGGAAGCCACGAAAGUGACGAUAGGGCGAAGGCAAAAUGUUCCAGUGGGGACAUGGAAGAACCGCUUCACAGCGAGGUAAACGAUUUGCUGGGUGCCCACAGGGAAAAUGAAAAGGAGGAGCAGCAGCGGGGAGACGCUGCAGGGGAUGUUGCAGGGGACGUUGCAGGAGACGCUUCAGAAAGCGCUGCAAAGGAAUGCUUUAGCCUCCCCGAUGACCCGUCGAGCAAGGACAACCCCGAGGUGAAUGCCUCCGUCGAAGGGGAGGGAGGCAAUCCCUGCGAAAAUGAGGAGGCGGAGAGGAACUCUGCCAAAGGGGCUGCCGAAAGUGGAAGCACUCAGAGGGCCCUGAGCGUGAACGACGGGCAGGAUGAACAGAAAGGGUUAGCGGCCGAUGAUUCCCAGAGUAGUGCCGCCCAUCAGGAUGGUAACCAGGGCAGUGGUCACGACCACAGUGGGAGUGACCUGCUGGCAGAAAUCGCGAAGGACGUGGAAAGCGAAGCGAUCGGUAACGAGGACCCACUGAAAGCGGUACAGGGAGGUCCCCCCGAGGGGGAAGCUCUUAUGGAUGAGCAGAAGCGCGAUGAAGGUAAUGGCGGUGUAGAGAGUGGCAAAUUAGGGAGUGACGAUGUUGGGAAGGAUAGGAGCUGCCCGCAGGAAGGCCCCCACCGUGAGCGCGUCGGAAAGGACAGCAGCACAGAUGGGGUGGGGACCCGGAGCGGUGAGGAAGACAACAACCUGCUGCACUACAACUUGUAUUUGCAAAAAAAUAAAAAAAAAAAGAAAAAUAUUUUAAAUUUUUUGCUGAGCGAUAUGCAGAAUGUGCUCCCCGUGGAGGCCAACAUGACCAUUUUUUGGUUGUUUAUACAAAACCGUUGUAAGAAGAGGAAGAAGAUGAAGAAAAGGAGCGGGCAAAGUUCCAGCAUCGGGGGGGAUUACUACUACGCUUGUGGCGCAGAGGGGAGCAAUGAACGGAGGAAGAGCGCCCCGGUGCAUUUUGACUACCAGUGCUACGAGAUGUUGUACAGGGUGGACCGGAGGGGACGCGAUUUCCACAGCUUCCGGGGGUAUGCGAGAGGAGGGGGGGGCGGCGACAGGCCCGGAGAUGGUCACUUGGAUCGCCGCUUGGAUCACCGCCUCGAUCGCCAGCGGGGGAACAUUUUCCUGCUGCCGAAGUUUUACCCCAUAAACAAGGAGUACGCCAUUCUGUCCAAGUACCUCUUAGAAAUCAUAAAGGAUAUAAUAAACUACCGGGUGAAUUUCUUUGAUUACAAUAACAUUUUGCACAUAUUUACCACGUCGAAGGAGAUUAACAAAAUAUUGGCCAACAUCUUCUUCUUCCUCUUCAACGAAUUGGACCACAACUUGGCGUUCAACAACAUGUAUGCGUCGCUGAUGCUGUUAAUCUUAGUGGAUGGUAUAAUAAGAAAUAGAAGUAUAGACACUCAUUUUUACUGCCUGCAAAUACUGAAGAUGCUAAUCCAUGUGAUUCUAUAUGAACAUGAUUUGAAAUUAAAAAAUAUUUAUCUCAUUUUGUUAGUAAAAAGAAAGGCAUGUGAUAUAAUGAUAAGCUUCUGUUCCGUUUUGAGGAAGCAAAAUAACAACGAAAUUAUUAAUAUAGACUACUAUUUAAUUUAUAUUUUAAGUAAAUUACUGACGCAUAGGAAGUGUACGUACAUGCAUAUAUAUGUGUCUUACUAUUUGAUUUAUUUAAUGCCUCUAAAUAUCCACUUGAAAUUCUUUUUAGCCUACACGCCCAAUUUUUUGGGAAUGUUUUUUAAGAAAUACUUUUACCAUCAGAAUGUGUACUGCGGGUUGUCAGUUUCGCCGGAGGAAACCGAGCUGAACGAGCUGAACGAGCUGUUUAACUUCUUCUUCUUUCACAUUUACACCCUCAUACAGGGGUCCCUAUAUAGGAUUUUCAAGCACAUGGACAACAUCCUUGUGCUGGGUAAUGCCACUACAUGCAGCUACUUAAACUACUUAAUGCACUUUAUCAUUCAGUAUGCCGAUUACCAUUUGCCGCUGCUGCUGUCUAUUAUGACUGUCCUGGGUCGGGGCUCCGCCGCUUUGAUUGCUGCUGCGCCGCGCCGCAAGCGGGGUUCGAAGCGGUUGAGGGGGUACUCCAAAAAGAAGCACUCCGGAGGAGGGGCGAAGUAUGCACAACGACGAGGGGGAGCGCUCCGGAGAAGGGGAGAAGCGCUCCAGAAAAAGGGAGAAGCGCUCCAGAGAAGGGACGAAGCACUUCAAAAGUGCACCCACCGAGGCGACAAAUCGGCCAAAGUUAGAAGAAAGAAAAUAAAAAAAAACAGACUUAAAAAGGAACGCAGGAAAAAGGCGAAGAAGGGGCAAGCGCUCCUCGACGUUGGCGCCGUUCGAGCGUACGAGCACCAACACGAUGCGCAAAAGUUAGCAAAAAGGAAAAAUUACCUAAAGCAUGUUAAGAAAAUUUAUGAUUAUUAUGCCAGGCAAAAGCAAAGUGCCAAGGAUGACACGUACGUGGGUCACUACAACGGCGGGGACGAUCGGGAAGAUGUGGACGAUGUGGACGAUCUGGACGAUCUGGACGAUCGAGACGAUUUAACUUCAAAAGCAAACAUGAUCACCGCUGGUGGGAAUAAAAAGGGAUUCCUCACAGCGUUUGUAAAAAAAAGGAUUUCGCUAAACAAAACACUGCUGCAGAAUAUGAUGCACACAAAUGAGUUGCAUGCAAACAUUGCCGUAAAUAAAAUGCUCUGCAAAAUUUUACGUAAAUUUGAAAAAAAGAGGAACAAAAAGGCGUCCUGUCGGAGGAGGAGGGACGAUGGUUUGCUUCUCUACAAUUCGUGUUACUACUUUUUGUAUUCCCUCUGA